AUGGCCAGGCGCCGUGCCGUCAUCUUUUCCGACGACGACGUUCCGACAGGCAGCGAAGAAGACCGAGGCAGCUCACCUGGAAGCCCACGCCGGACCAACGACGACGACCCGCCGGCCUGGAGGGUCCUCGACACGAACUCGAAUCCAUACGAGGACGAAGAGGACGACAAGGACAAAGAAGACGACAAGGACGAAGAGAAGGACGAGCUUCCAGACGAAGAACCGGAGGAGCAAGAGCCCGCUGCAGCUCCCAACGCUCCCGCCGCUCCCCCAGCUCCCAACGCUCCCGCCACUCCCAACGCUCCUGCCGGUGCCGCCGAUGAUAGCGGUCAUAAGUACGGGCUACGGCAGAAGUCGCAGCACGACGCUCAUCCAGCCCGCAAGUUCGGCGUCCAUGUCCGCGACAGGCGCGACAUCAAGCGCGAGGCCGACCGCAAGCGGGACGAGGUCGCUGCAGCUCGGGCAAACAAGCAGCGCGCUGCAGUCACCCGAGCCGAAGGCCUCAACAAGGUCGCGGAAAUGCAAGCUCAGCGACAGUACGAGAACAACGCAGGCCAGGAAGCCGCACGGAAGCCUCCAGCUCGAGCCGCCAUUCGCCAGACUGUCCUGGAGAGCAAUGCCGCUCGAGCUGACGACGAGCAGCUCUUCCCGAGUGUAUCGUCAACGUCGCAACAUUCGCACUCCACCCCUCACGCCUCGACAUCUGAAAACAGCCGAACCAGCAAGCCCUCCGACCCCCACCCCCGCGCACACGACGAGAAUGAGCCCCCCUCCACCCGCGAUGGAUCCCUCCCUCCACCCGUCUAUCCUAUAGGCCCUCCCAGACGGCGCAAGCACGCUUCCCGCCCCAAUUGUCUUGUCGUUGAGAUUGAGACCUGCCCCGACCCUCAAAAAACCCCUCGCACAGAUGCUCGGAACCGUCCCCGCACCGCUCGCAAAUCCGCCGACUCUGCCCACGAGUACGAGGACGAAGAGCAAGACGACGAAACCGACGAGCACGAUGGCGACAACAACAACGAAGAUGACGACGACAAUGCGCACGACGAGCACGAGCGCGGCGACUACGGAAUACCGACGCCAGGACUCGACGACAUCCCCUAUGAGCAAGAUGUUCAAAUGCUCGACUUUCAGUACGCCGACUUAAAUCUUGACAACCACGAAUCCGAUCCCGAACCCUCCAUCAACUUCAACCACAAGGGGAAGGGGCGUCGCAAGGCCCCGACAUACAUUGACGACGACGAGGACACCUGGGAGGCAGGCGGUGGAGGCCAUCGUGCUAAGGCAAGUUCUCUGCUCGCGUCCUUCGCCCCGUACGCGUUCCGUAAGCCCAUGUCCCAGAAGGAGAAAAAGUCUCAACGCCGUGAAGUCGUCCGCACCGCUCUAGAAAGUCAGGGUGCUGCAAUUCCGAAGCGCCCUCGCAGCGAUACUGUGGCGUCUCGCAGUGCAUCGGCCAAGAAGUUCAAACCAACGGGUCCCGUCAUGAACAAGAACUGGGAGCAAGAUACGCCUGCACCUGCCUCGCGGACGCCAACUCCCGCGUCAUCAUCACACUUGGCAAGCUGGCGUGCCCGACAGAUGCGGCACGACGUCCCGGAUUUGACAAGCACAUUCGGAGACCAUCUCCGGCGAGAUGACAUAUUUGCCGCCUCCAAGAAGGGAGGCAGUAGGCGGAUGAAGAGCCUUGUGUCCGUGGAGACGGCCGACGCCUCCGGCACCCCAGACAAUUCCGAAGACGAGUCUCCGGCCAAACCACCACCUAAGCGACGUCGCAAGCGGACUGCAGUGGCAGACGUCCCUCUGGACGUGUCGCGCUCCAACAAGAAGCUACCGGCUUGGUGCACGGGUGAUGUCAAGAAGGUGUACCUCGCCUCUGUGAUUGACAUUCUCGGGACAAAGUGCAAUCCUCUUGACACCGCGGACGACCACGGCGACGACCUCCUCGAUGCGUGUAUUGAAGCUAGGCGCCGGAUCUACCCUACCGACGACACUGAGCUAACGAAGAAGAGCCAGCUGUACAUAGCGGCCGGGAAUGAGAUGUACCCGUGGCGAAGCAAGUUUGUGAAGGUCGGAUGUGAUGCUGUCGAGGCGGAGUACACCAAGGAGCUCGGGCCAGGAUGCACGGCGCCUCAAGUAGCUGCGUGGGCGAGAGCGAGGCGUGACCGCCAGAGCGCCGCCUUCUACAAGAUCGGUGCAACGAAGAAGGCAUAUCAGACCCCAGCGAAAGGCAUAUUUGGCUCCACGCUUAUUCUACGGACGUUUGCACACCACCUAGAUACCAUUGCGAAGAGCAGGAUGGAUCUCGACUUCCCUUUUGGGGCACUCGCCCUGGCUGCAUUCACUGUGGACCACUGCCUUUCUAUGUAUGAGACUGGAGUGCAGCUCCCUGCUAAUGCUGGUUUUGGCUCCCGUGCCUCUCGGAACAAGGUUCAGGAGUGGUAUGAGGACAGAGUCUCUUGCAUUAUUGACAACCCAGAGAAGCAGGACUUGAUCCUUCAAGGGGCAAAUGGUAGUGAUGAUGAUGAUGAUUCUGGUGCACACUUCAACCGUGAUAGUUCUCCAAUGUCUUCCUACUAG